GCGGGUGGAGUAAACGCUCUUCCCAAACACUGGGAACAGUGGGCUUCUAAGAGUGGGUCAGGAAAGUCACGGUAGCUUCUGAAAGGCUGGGCUGUGCUGAAUAAAUCGACUCUGGUUAGGCAGCGUCCAAGUACAAGAGUCUGAUGCUGAGGCAGGACGUGCCUCAUUCAGACCGCGUGUACCUGAGAGAACCGCUGCCGCUAACGAGGCACACCUGAACUGGUGGAAAUGUAAAUUUGGCUCUCCGCUUUAUAUCGAGGAGCGCUCAGACCAGGAGGGUCCAGCCGCACCAGAAAGGCUGCGUGAAGCUUCUAGAGGAGGCUGAGCAGCAGUGGCGCACACGCACACACGCACACGCACUCUCUCCCUCUGGACUUCAGCAGCUCUCCUGUGCUUCUCCAGCACUGGGUACACUCGCUCGUCAUGAUGGAUCUAAGGCUGUGGGGAUGCGCGCUCCUUUUCCCCCUCCAGAUUUUGCUGUGUGUCCUGAAGGCAGCCGUGCGCUUUUUGCUGCCCCCGAGGCGCAAAGACCUGGGGACUGAUGUGGUGCUGAUCACCGGAGGUGGCAGAGGAAUUGGUCGUCACCUGGCCAAAGAGUUUGCCAAGCAAGGAGCGAGAAAGGUGAUCCUCUGGGGCCGCACUGAGAAGUGUCUAAGAGAGACAUGUGAGGAGAUAACCAUGACAGGGACAGAAUGCCACUACUUUGUGUGUGAUGUGGGGAACAGAGAGGAGGUGUACCAGCAGGCCAAGGUGGUGAGGGAAAAGGUUGGCGACGUUACCAUUCUGGUGAAUAAUGCAGCUGUGGUUCAUGGGAAAAGUCUGAUGAACAGUGAUGAUGAUGCACUUCUGAAAACACAGCACAUCAAUGCACUCGGCCAGUUCUGGACCACGAAAGCUUUCCUUCCUCGGAUGCUGGAGCUGUGCCAUGGCCACGUGGUGUGCAUCAACUCCAUCCUCUCGCUUUCUUCUAUCCCUGGAGCUAUUGACUACUGCACGUCCAAAGCCUCGGCCUACGCCUUUAUGGAGAGUCUUACUCUGGGCCUGCUGGACUGCCCAGGAGUGGACUGCACCACAAUAUUGCCCUUCCACACGGACACAGAAAUGUUUCAGGGCAUGCGUGUCAGGUUCCCUCAGCUCUUUCCUCCUCUGAAUCCUGAGAUGGUGGCCCAGAGAACUGUAGAUGCAGUGAGGACCAACACUGCCUUUGUUGUUCUACCAUGGACAAUGCACUUUCUCGUUGCCCUAAAGAGCCUUCUGCCACAAUGUGCUCUGGAGGAAAUUCACAAGUUUGCAGGAAGCUACACCUGCAUGAACACAUUCAAGGGACGGACAUAAAGAGCUGACCGCAGGGAAGGAUGGAAUGUGAAAAAUUUUGUUCAACAAACUUAUCAAGCAAUGCAAGCACUCGGUCCCUGGAACGACAAAACAAGCUGUAGCAAAAGAAUUCAGGAUCACAGGGAUACGGUGUAUCACAGUGGCUUGUUUAUCCAGCAUAAUUUUGUCAAUGGGUGUAGCAUGGACUGAUCAUUUGUAGUUGCUUGUGUUGGUAAUAUUGAUGUGUUAGUCUGAAUGGCCCGCAGGUUUGCUGGUUAGAGUGCUCCUCGGACUUGGUGAGAAUACUGGAGUAGACUCUUUAACCAAUAGAGAAACUGGUUGGGGGGACCUAUCUAUAAGGUUUUAAAUAAGGAUGUUAAACCGUCACACAGAUACUGUGGAUGUAGCACACAUUCUGUAGACUCUUACUAAUUUUAAAUGCUUUUUUUUGUAAUUUAAGACAAUGCAAGUUCUUUCUCCAACUCAUUUUCAGUAAAUCCAGUGUAUCCACCUCAAUAUUCAUGUCAACACUGAAUAAACAGUAUUUGAUAUUAAAAUAACGCUG